CGCUGUUGCUGCUACUGCUGCCGCUAGUUCCGCUUGUCCUGCCACUGAGCAAGCACGACUAGUGCCCUUGUGGGGCCGCAGCAUUUACGAAAGCAAUGACCGCAUGGGAAUGAGUACUGCCUUUUCGGUGACUACGGCCGUUGCUCCCGCUGUUAAUGCCACAGCCAUUACUUUUACUAAUACGACUGCCGCCCUUGUUGCUGCAGAUCUAUGAAUCACAUCUACGAAUUGUAGUACCGCCCGUGAAUUAAGCUGAGACAGUUUUACAGAGAUGUGCACUACAACUGUUCCCGUUCAGAUACAAACCAAUUUUAUAUUUCUGUUUAUCUCUUGUCUCUGCUAAUAUGUGUCGUAAUAGAAAAGUUUUGUGUAUACUGAAGAAAAAACCUUAUGCGUCCAUUUGCCUGGAAACUACGCAUAAUCAGGGUGUCUCCGAUCUCGCUAGUUCGGAUCGUUAAUAACACUGCAUGUUAGAAUAUCAGUGUGUCAGCUGAAUCCUAGUGCUUCUUUUUUCCGCGUCAAUCAGAACUUUGUGCUCGGAAACACCUGAAGAGCAAUCUCUGUUAUCACAGCAGUGAAAUCGCUUGCAGAGCUACAACUGUGGUGCUGUUCGUGUGCGGUGACUGCGAGUGUGUAUGUGUGUAUUUUGUGUGGGGAGUGCGUGCCCAUAGAGUAUAAAUGUGCGCGUCCACCGAGUCCAUCGUAAUCUAACUGUGUACUCUAACUAACUUCAGUUGUGUCCGAUGUUAAUAUUCAGUUAAGGAUCUUGCGUCGUCAAAAUGGUUUCAACGGAAGAGAUUACGCAAGCGAUGGUAGUCAAUUCGGCAGGCCCUCAGGUUACACGUCCCAAGUUGGGAUUCAGCAUUGACGCUAUUGUAGGUAAACACCGCGCGGUCGCUGCAGUUGCCGGUGUGGGAGCAAUGGGUGCUGCUGCUGAUGAGGAAAGUUCAGGGCCUUCGCGCACGCCAUCUCCAACCGCGCCCCCAAGUAUUGCAAUGGACUCACCUGGUAGCGCUGAUUCGGACCCCGAAUCGCGUGAGGGAGCCCGUGCGCCUGCGGCUUUGCCCCGCCGUCCAGUUCCUCUUCCGGGUCCGCUUGAUGCUUUGGUGAGCGUUCAGGCUGACUUACGGGCUCCGUUCCCGCUCGCGGGCUUUCCGGCACCUCAAUUUCUCAUGCGACCUGGGCAUCCUGGGGCAUCUGAAGCUGUCCCGGGCCAUGGGCCGUCACCCCAACCGCUUUACCCCUGGCUUUUGGCCGCAAGACACUCACGAUUCUUCGCACAACGCUUCGCCGGUCCCGAAGCUGCCUCCUUCCUACUGCACCCGUUUCGGAAGCCGAAACGAAUUCGAACUGCUUUCUCGCCGUCCCAGCUACUCAAAUUGGAGCACGCCUUCGAAAAGAACCAUUACGUCGUCGGUGCUGAGAGGAAGCAACUGGCUCAAUCGCUGAGCUUAACUGAGACACAGGUAAAGGUCUGGUUCCAGAAUCGGCGUACGAAGCAUAAACGUCAAAAGCAAGAAGAGGGCGAAGGUGGCACUGCUGGUUCUGGUGGAAAUAACGGCAGUAGUAAUAACAACAACAACAACAAUAACAACAACAACAACAACAACAACAGUAGCUCACCACCGCCGCCUGGGUCAAUGUCGCCCGAUAUCGACCUCGAAGAGAGCGAUGACGAGGACUGCGAUGCUCGUGCCAACAGCCCUUCACUGUCCGGCGCCUUAGCCGAUCAGCAGCAGCAUCAACAACAGCACCACCUUCUCGUCGCACAGCAUCACGCGCAGCUGCAAGCGCAGCUUCAGCAGCUACAUCAAGCGCAGCAAAUGUCUCAGCAGAUGUCACCACAGCAUCCAGGCAAUCUACAAGCUCUACAGCAACAAGGUUUGACACCGCAGCUAUUGGCUGUUGCUAGCGCCAGUCCGCAAGGUCUUAGUCUGCAACAGCUUAAUCUCCAGCUGUUGCAACAGCAACAUCAUCACCUUUUACAGCAACAGGCGGCGCAGGCGGCGGCGGCCGCCGCCGUUGCUGCCGUCGCAGCAGCUGGUCAACAGCAGCAGUCGGCCGGUAUAGCUCAGCACGCUGGUGGCGCUAAUGGCGGCGACGAUACCGAACGGGAGACGACGACACCCCCUUCUCCUCGAGGAGGCGUUGGGGGAGGUACGCAGACACUUAUCAAGCGCGAAACCGGAAUUUGACUUUUGACGAUGCCAGCAAAUCGCCAUUAUGAAUCAAAAUUAUUCAAAAAAAAAGCCUAGACUGUGAAAAGAUUUUGUCCGAAACAGCAACAACCGCUGCAAAGUGUGCGAAACUAGCACGCUGAUGCAUAGGCACGUUCCGGAGGCGUGUUCCAUCUAUGUUUCCAGGCAGCUGCUGAUUUCUUCAAUAGUUCGAAGAGAGAUGGCCGGGCGUCAUUGACCCACUGCUUAAAUUCGUCGGAUUUUCAACACGUUCUGUUAAGGUGGAACACGUUGCGGUGAUGACGAGGACUUCGAUGACGUUGACCGUCGAAGAUAUUAGCCAUGAUCUAAAUACUAUGUAAAUAUAUUUAAUAAAAAGACCACAACAAUUGGUACCUAAGGAUGGAAGAUGGAGGAUAUAUGAUAAGCAAACAGGAGAAUAAGUUUCAAGGAUAGCCUAAAGCAGUAUGGGUGAAAUAGAAUAGAAGCCAAGCUUACCGCGGGUGUCGGCACUGCGUUGAUACGACUAUUAUAAACGGCAAAAAUAAGUUAAAUUUUCUAUAAUAUAAUGUACAACAAACAGCAUUUAGAAUCUGGGAAAUUGCUCCGAUCUGCAUAUACUAAGUAAUGACUAAAUACGUUCUUAGCGGUUCUAAAGCUGGUUGAAAAUAGCUUUAGAUAAAGAACAUUGUAUUUCGUGAAAGCUGUAUGCGCUUGUGUCUCAGAAAGUUAUAUAAGUUAAAACACCCUGUAAACACUGAAUCAAUAUCUCAGUAAGAAAGUAUGUUAAGAUGAAUUAUAAUCUAAGACAUAUUCCGAGUUAUCAUUAGUUAUGUGUGCAUGCUAUCUUCACUGUGGUCCUCCGAAGACUAACCAAUUCGUUUGAAACCACGCAGUCCCUUGUUUUACAUAUGAAACAGACAGACACGCGCAGUCCUACCGCCGACUGUUGAUGCGCCUCUAAAAAAGGACCGGCUUCAUCUGGCGUCCAGAGCGUAAUAGCAACACAAUCGCUAUUUGAAAUUACGACAACAUAAUGGGUCCAAGAAACCUAUUACUGACGCUCCCUUUGGCGAACUCCAGUGGUACGGUGCUACCUAGUGCAGGACCGCGUUCGAUUCAAUGGCUUAGAACUCAGCUUAUAAUAGCUAUGACUGUUAUUAUCAAAUGGCUUCUGUAAACAUUAAUUUAGUUUUAACUUCUCGUCAUUGUUAGGGGUACUGCCGUCUCCAAAUCGCGCUGAUUAUGGUCAUCAUCAAUCGUGUAUUGAUCACUUCUGGGCACAUCAUAAAGUCUUUACUUGAAUCGUGUAUUUUCUGAAUCGUGCACCCGUAAGAACUACAACUGCUUCAACACAAUUGUGUUCUUUUGAGAAGCAGAACACAGGAUCGUAUUUGAGUAUUAUUUCUAUAUACAUGCUACUGAAGCGGACUACACAGGAGCUCUGUCCGCUUCUGCUAAGCGUCAAAAUGAUGCGUUGAAGUGAGACAUUGCCUGUAUUAUGUUUCUAAGGGGGUAGGCUCUUGUGGAAAAGGAAGAAGAGAGUAUUGUCAGUCUGAGUGGUUAAGUAAAAACAGAGUAACGAAAGGAACGAACCAACAAAUCGGAGCAGAUCCGCUGAGGACCAUGAAAUGACGCUGUCAUCUAAGCAAAAGCUGUUGAACGCACGGUGCGUUCGCUGAGCGCGAAUCGUCUCAAUCAUCGCCAAUUCUCAUUUCUCGUAGAUCUCUUCGUAGGUUCUCUUCGCUUCUCAUUUACGGCCGCUUGAUUCUUUCUUUUUGUGAAUUGUCGUCGUCGUCUAGUUCUUACCUUGUAUGUGUCAUAUAUCGUUAGGACGCGCGUCAAUCACGAUGGCGAUAGAGGAAAAGUACAGCUAUCGCCUCUUCGUUACUGCGGAUGGCGAACGAAAUAGAAGAAUUGAGAUUGAAAAUUUGUCCCAUCGCCGACACAAGUGCCGGGAUCUUAUCCCAAGUGCAGCGAAAAGAGCAAAAGACAGAAAACCCAUACAAAAUUCGACGCCUUUGGCAAUUGCAGCCAUCUAACGCUAAAGACUCAAAUCCCCCAUAGGUAUUUUCUCGUGAAGAAUGAAUUUAUAUUAAAUUUGCUACCAGCAAGAAGAGCAAUUUAUUGAAGCUGUCCGUCAAUAUUUGCAUUUAGACACGUUCCGUCCGCGGGAGUAUGGACUGAAACGCUGUUCUGUUCUGUUCUGUUCUUUUUCCUCGAUGCUGAAUUCGGCCCAGAUUGGCGGCUGCCCUGUUUUUUUCUGCCUCUUCUUCUUUUCCCUAUUUCUAAUAUAACCUUUUCGCCAGGCCGCUGGGUUAUCCGAUCAGUAAACACAUAUACGCAUUCACACACAUAUAAAUCAACGCAUACAUCAUUGGCGCAUCACAUGCAUUGUUUUUUGUUUUCGAUAGAAAAACUACUUAAGAAAUAAACGACUGACUACGAGCUAGCCAGUCGAAGGUAAUUGGUCAUGUAAACAAAAGUCCUGUCUUUACGCGCCAUCAUCACACGUAACACGUUACUGUUAUUAUUUAUUUAUCUUCUCCACUGAUCUAAACCUACACUUCAACGUGGUCGUCCGCAAAGUCUAAUGGUAGAAUUGUAUGCAAAAAAAAACUACCCAGUAGCAAUCUAUAUGGAUUAUUAUUACUAUCAUCGAUUGUAAUGUCGUUAGUGGACCGGUCGCUUCGGUUCAAGCUGUACUGAUAUGAGCUCUUUUAUCUUGAAACGCAGCGAAGAGUUGAAACGAUUCUGUAAAAAUACACAGGGUUUCCAGCAACUAUAUAUAUAUAUAUAUAUAUAUAUAAAUUGAGUAAAAAGUGCUAGUAAAUCAACAUAUUGAUAUGUUGAGAUCUCGUUAUUAUUGAAUGUAUUAAACUCAGCUGUAAUAAUAGAACAGAAUGAAUGCUAAGACGCAAGAUCAUAUGUAAAAACUACUUUUUUUUUUCUUGGAUUAUAUUCUAGUGGACCCGGUUAAUAUAUAUAUAUAUAGCUUUUAUGUAGUGCACAAUACCAGCAUGAGCAAGCAGGAGGCGAACGAACUUUCAGUCUCACUAAUGUCACAAAAUCUUAUUUAUAUAGCGUAUAUACAUAUGUAAGUGACUAUAGGCGUUUGUGCGUGUGCGUACGGAAGGACGACGCGCGAAGCUUCAGCGGUUCGGUCUCGAGAGCAGUUCCUAGAAAGCGAGAAACUUUGUGAGUCUGGGGCGCGGCAGGAGAAAAUACAUGACGUAAAGCGUACGUGCCUGUAUGGCGGUGACGCUUCCUGUAUAUGUAUAUAUUGAUGCAACAAUGGAAAUACGAAAAAAAAAAUGAGAGGCAGCCGCAGUGAUACGCCAGCAAACCUUCUCGGUUCCAUGAUAAUAAAAAAUGAAAGUUCUUAUACAAUAAUAGAAAAGUGGGGUGCAUUUAUUUUAUAAGCGACACCUGUAUAACCUGAUCAUUCAUUGUGACACGGCGAACGUGCAGGUUUAUCGCUUGGGGGUUGGAUGUAUAAGUAAGUAUGCUCGGAUGGGACAUGGGAACGUGAAGAACAUGCCUGGAAUAGGAAUACAACGCAAAGGUGAAUGCUAAAGAAAGAUAUAGAUAUAUGAUUAUGUCGUAA